AUGAACUUCCUGCUCUUGCUGUUUUUGGUCUUCUUCGCGCCAUUGAUGCUUUUUGCUGUAUGGCUGGCCGCUUCUUCUUGUUUAGGAAAUCGUCUGCGCACUCGAGAUGGCCGGUUUUCAGCGCGUCCAGUCCUUGAUACAUACGGGCAGAGCUACCUUCGAACCAUGGCCAAUUCCGGGGCCUCGAUGUCCGAGCAGAUUGAACUCGACGACAUGCUAGCAGAACCAGGAACUCGCCGUCACUUCGACGGAGAUGAGGAUUGA